CAAAGAGAAAGUUUUAUCAAGAGCCACGUUAGCUGCGUGCGUACGUAAUACAGUUGCAUUGUGCAACAUUUGCAAAGUAAAACUCUCAAUCAAAGGUGGCUCCACAUUAAACCUUCUCCGACAUUUAAGAUUGAAUUAUCCGAGUGUUAAGCAGCAGGCGGUAAUACAGGACCCUGCUCCCUUGACUCAGGGAUUUGACAGCUCGAUUGAAUGAUUUGCUUCAGUUCGUUCACUCGAAUGAUUCGAAUCAUUCACGAACAACACAACACCGUUGGUUCACGUGGAUGCUCAGGGGGAGUAACCAAAGCAGGCCAUAGAGUUCGAAAAGAACGUUUUUACUUGAACUGCGCCGGACUGUGAUUAAGAAAACGGAAUCAGAUCAAAAUGAACCUGGACGCACAACAGAGGAUUGGCUUUAUCGGUGCGGGAAACAUGGCUUUUGGCAUUGCAAAGGGGAUGUUGUCAGGAAAUGUUCUGCCUGCAAACAUCAAAGUCAGUGCACCAUCCUCUAUGAAUUUAGGACGAUUCCAGGAACUUGGCAUUUCUGUGACACACUCCAACACUGAGGUGGUCUGUGGGUCAGAUGUGGUGUUUGUCGCCGUCAAGCCUCAUAUGAUUCCACGUGUUCUCAUUGAAGUCUCUCAGCACAUCACAAAGAAACAGAUAAUCGUGUCGGUUGCCGCAGGAGUGACGCUAGCUAUGUUGGAGGAGCUCCUCCCAGAAAACUCGAUUGUCAUCAGGCUGAUGCCUAACCUUCCCUGUCUGGUUCAAGAGGGGGCCCUGUUGUUUGCACUGGGCACCAAUGCAAAAGGGGCGGAUGGCGCUCUACUUCUCAGCUUGUUGCAUUGCUGUGGUUUGGUGGAGGAAGUGCCUGAAACCUGGAUCGAUGUCCACACAGGGCUGAGCGGGAGCGGAGUCGCUUUUGUGUAUCUUUUUGCAGAAGCGCUGGCAGAAGGAGCUGUUAAAAUGGGCAUGCCAAGUGCUCUGGCUCACAGCAUCGCAUCCCAAACUGUUCUGGGUGCUGGUAAAUUGCUACGUGAUUCUGGGAAACAUCCAGCUCAGCUUCGAGCUGAGGUCUGCACCCCGGGUGGAACAACCAUCUAUGGGCUUCACACAUUGGAGCAGGGAGGCGUAAGGGCGUCUGUCAUGAGCGCGGUGGAAUCGGCCACUCAGAGAGCAAGGGAUCUUGGGAAAAAAUAGGCAGCAGGAAGGGUCCAUGUUUCGGAACUACAUUUUGAACUUUAACCAUGGAAAGUCUUAAAAAUAAGAUGACUGUUUUUUUUAUUGUUUAUUUUUUUCAUAUUUCAUAACUUGGUAUUGUAAGAAUUAAAAAAAAAAGAUGAUAGUCUUGAUUUUCUUUAAAAUGUAGUUUACACUUCUGUUAGCUCUUUCAAAGGACAGGCUUCUUAUGUUUCACUUUGUGUGAUAAUAAACAAGAAAAUAUGUUGGAUCACAAGUUUAGAGUAUGCAUUAACAUGCAGAAUAAUCCUUCGUUUAUAUUAGGGCAGGUAUGCAUAAUGAGAUGUUCAUAUAAAUAAAUAAAUAAACAAUAUUGUGAUAGUGAAUAAG